UAGAAGUAUAGUCUAUACUACCAUUUUAAAUUAAAUAGUUUAAAUUAACGUAAGUUUAGGCCAUAGUUAUUUCCUUUUAUUAAUGUUUGAUUAAAAGUUGCUCAAUGGUGAUAUUCUUUUACUGUUGUUAUUGAUAAGACUUAUCACUUUGACAUUUAACCUGAGUUGUGUUAUCUAACCUUUCGUAGUAUUGAUUUUUUAAUUUACAAAAUAAUAAUGGCAUAUGAUUUAAAACGGGAAGAGGAAGUAAAAGAGUUCGUUGAUAACCUUGGAAUCGAAUAUCGGUUUGGAUGUUACAAAGAAAAAAAGCCCGAAGUCUGUCAUCUUUUGGCUGACUAUUUAGAAGCUAUUAAAAAAGACUUCGAUAAAGCGGCAAAAGUAUAUAAAAGUAACUGUAUGGAAUAUAACUACGGCAAAUCAUGUCUGAAAUACGGUAAUUACGCGCUGAUAGGACGAGGUCGAGAAAAAAGUGAUCCUCAGGAAGCAUUGAAAUACUUCGAAAAGGGUUGCGAGUUAAAUGACCCCACGUCGUGUCUUCACGCCGGAUUGCUACUAACAGCUACUGGCCCUGCUAUUACAGUGCAACGAGAUGUCCCUAAAGGCUACAAUUAUCUUAAAAAAAGCUGCGACAACAAUGAAGCUAUGGCAUGCCAUUAUCUAGCUGGUAUGUAUCUCACCGGAGUGCCGAAAAAUCCAAAAGAAUAUAAUCCUCAUAACCCAGAGAAAAAUGCCAAUAUAGAUUUCCUAAUUAAACCAGAUCUAAAGCAAGCAUUUCAAUUUGCAAAGAGAGGAUGUGAAUUGGGCAAUGUGUUUGCCUGUGCAAAUGUCAGUUUGAUGUACAAGAAGGGUGAUGGUGUUGAACAAAAUCUAGACGAAUCAAAGAAAUACUUUGAAAUAGCAAAGAGUCUCCAAAAUGCCCAUGAAACUACGAAAGAGCUCAAAUUUCAACAAGGUCUUGAAAGUAAAUGAAAUGCAUGUAAUGUAGUUAUAAAAUGUAUUUAACUUUUAAUAAAACUGCAUUUGUUUUUUUUGAGCAGAUAUAGUGUGUAUUGUUUAAUUAAAUAAAGUAUGUUAUGAUGUUAUCUUUAGUUUUAAU